AUGGAUCAGGAACUAGAAGCUCAGAAAAAGGCUCGAAAAGUUUACCGUGGAUCUUUCACGAGAACAGCCAAUGAACUCGCGAAUUUGUUAGAUGGCCCCCGUUCGGAGGAAAAUAAUGAGGCUAUUCGUGUUUUAUGGGAGACUUUAAAACCGAAAGCAGAAGAUUUGAAAGUGCGGGAUAGUGCGAUUUUUAAGAGUUUAUUGGAGGACGCAUCGGAAGAUGAACUUUCUACCGAGGUGGACAGUUGUGAUAUGUAUAUCAAACGGUUUUGUGAACUGAACCUAAGGUGUGAAAAACUUUUCGUGGAUGCCGAUUUAGAGUCUAGUACCCGUAUUGUGCCUAGUGUAAAUUCGAUGACAGGAGAAAGUCAAGGUAAGCGAAAGUUUAAAUUACCUCGCAUCGAGUUAAAACCUUAUGAUGGUAGUGUUCAGGGGUGGUUGUCUUUCUGGAGCCAGUUCCAGAAAAUCCAUAGUGACUCUGACAUUGAUGACCAUGACAAAACCGAGUAUUUGUGGCAGACGACAAUCCCAGGAAGUCGAGCAAGACAGCUUGUUGAAAGUUUUCCAGUUGUAAGCGAGAAUUAUGUCAAAAUUAUUGAUUGUAUGCAAAGUAGGUUCGGCAAUAAAGACAUGCAGAUUGAGGUCUAUAUCAGGGAACUUCUUAAAUUAAUUUUGGGUAGCGCUACUGGAAAACAAAAGGUGGAUAUUACUAUGCUCCAUGAUAAAAUUGAGACACAAUUGCGGGCACUCGAGACUUUGGGUAUUACAACGGAAAGUUGUUCAGCUUUACUUUUUCCGUUGAUUGAGUCAUGUUUACCUCCAGAGUUGCUUCGAGUUUGGCAGCGUUCACCCUUUUCAGUAACCAGUGUUCCAAGUGAUGUCCCUGAUGAUCCUGGUGGUUCUGUGUUAGAGUUGAGGUUAAAAGGUCUAAUGAAAUUCCUCAGUAGUGAGGUGGAGAAUGAACAGAGGAUUAGUUUGGCCGCAGACGGUUUUGGUUUGACGGAACAUAUGUCAGAUGUCAGAUUGUGUUCUAAUGACGAUAAUUUUAAGAAAAGAAAGUCUGUUAGAGGUGACAUAGUUUCCACUGCCGCGGGUCUUGUAAAUUGCGAUGCUGCCAGUUGUAUUUUUUGUGGCGGAUCUCAUGAAAGUGCCUCUUGCUUCAAAGCCAAUAAAAUGUCACUAGAGGAAAAGAAAAAUAUUUUGUCCAGUAAGAAAGCUUGCUUCCGUUGCUUGAAAGUGGGUCAUCAAUCUCGAAGGUGUAGAGGGCGUUUCAAUUGUGUUGUUUGUGAAAAAUCCCACCUUGUUUUGAUGUGUCCUAGUCUGUCAGUCAAUCAAGUCGCUUCCAAACAGGAAAAAUGCUAUAAUGGUGGUCAAAGCAGUGACGUUCGAGAAGAGAGAACUGUUGUACGUGAUCAGACGUUGGCGAAUUACACUAACACUUAUGUAUUUUUGCAAACCCUUCGAGUCCAACUAAAAGGUUUAAAUGGGUACAAGUCAGUGAGGGCGUUAGUGGAUAGUGGUUCCCAGAGGAGUUAUAUUUUGAAGUCAACAGCUGCUCAACUCGAAUAUAAAUCCAAGCGCUCUGAAAAGGUGAUUCAUUGUUUAUUUGGAGGUAGAGAGGCAGGUUAUGACCAUCAAUGCUAUGAUAUUACGUUAAGUGGUGAAAACUUUGUGUUUUCCAUGGAGGCUCUGGAUCAGCCUAUUAUAUGCAGUAAUAUACCUCCAAUAUUUAGUGGUCAAUGGUCAGAUGAACUGGCAGACCUAGGUAUUCAACUUUCCGAUUCCCAAGAUGCCGGGCCCAUAGAGCUAUUGUUAGGAGCAGAUGUAGCUGGUAUUUUGUAUACGGGAAAUCAAAAGUCUUUGUCUUGUGGUCUGAUGGCGAUUGAGACUAGGUUGGGAUGGACUGUCAUAGGAAAGGUUGUAACUAAUGUGAAGAGAAAUAUAGGUGCUGCUAUGACAACUCUAAAUCUCUUUGUGAAGGAUGCCUCUAUAGAACAACUUUGGGAACUGGAUACUCUCGGUAUUAAGGAGCCAACGGAGCAGAGAACUAAAGAAGAAAUGGCGAUGGCAGCUAAGCAGCUAUUUCUUGAAACAGUUCGCAUCAACGAUGAAGGGCGAUAUGAGGUUAGAUUACCGUGGGUUGAUGGACACCCUCCCCUCCCUUCUAAUUACUGUCUGGCUCAAAAGAGAUUGAAGUCCAAUAUUACCAAACUAAGACGAGAUGGACUUUUUCAACAGUGUGACCAAGUGUUUAAAGAGUGGGAAGCAGAGAAAAUUAUCGAACGGAUUAACCCGGAAGUGCACGUUAAUAAAGGUCAUUACCUUCCGCACCGGGUAGUAAUCAAAGACAGCAGUAUGACCACAAAGUUGCGACCGGUAUUUGAUGCAUCUGCGCAUGAGAAGAACAAACCGUCACUUAACAAUUGUCUAGAAAAGGGUUUGAAUCUUGUGGAGUUGAUACCGUCGCUGCUUUUAAGAUUUCGAGAAUAUAAACUAGGAGUUAUAGCGGACAUCCGCAAAGCUUUUCUGCAAAUCAGCGUGCAUGAAAAUGAUCGUGAUUUUUUAAGGUUCCUGUGGGAAGAUGAUCAGCACAAUGAGGUUGUUUUUAGAUUCAGGAGAGUUGUAUUUGGAGUGAAUAGCAGUCCUUUUCUAUUAGGUGUGACAUUAGAGUAUCAUCUUGAGCAAUUCCUCAGAAAAGGUGACAGAAGCAGUUCUUAUUCACGAGACACUAUUGAGAGAUUACGGCACAGCUUUUAUGUGGACAAUUGUGUCACAAGUGUGCCAGAUGGUGACACUUUAGCUAUCUUUAUUCGCGAGUCUGUGGCAAUCAUGGCAGAAGGACAAUUCGAAUUGAGAGGGUGGGAGCACACGAGAAUUCGUAAUUUAGAAAAAGAAACUGUUCCCUGCCCUGUACUUGGUUUAAUUUGGCAUCCCGACCAAGAUGUUCUAACUCUUAAUCCAGGUUUUUUGGAAAUUGAUGUUGACAAUUUAGUGGUCACUAAGAGAGAAAUUCUAUCAUUAACUCAGAAAGUGUUUGAUCCCAUAGGAUUUACGUCAGCAACAGUGUUGCUUCCCAAAUUAUUAUUGCAGAAACUGUGGGUAAAGCAACUGACUUGGGAUGAAACAGUGGAUGAGGAGUAUGCACAAGUUUUUAAACGCUGGUUGCGAGAACUACCAUAUCUGAUGCAAAUACGAAUUGCAAGAUGGACUUUGACUGGUGGGAGCAAUAUACAAGAUGUCAGCAUACAUACCUUUUGUGACGCUAGCAAGGAUUCUUAUGCAUGUGCAAUUUUUUUGAGAGUGGUUGUGCAUCAAAAUGUUUUUCUGUUAGCAAGUAAAGCUAGGGUAUCACCACUAAAGAAAAUGACGAUACCAAGGCUUGAGCUUUUGGCCGCAGUAAUAGGUGCAAGACUUUUUAAGAAUGUCAGAGAAAAUCUCAAUACUACCGCAAAUUGUUAUUUUUGGAGCGAUUCAUCUACGGUAAUAUCGUGGAUACAAAGAAAAGAUCAAUGGGGAACAUUCGUCUGGAAUAGGGUUAUGGAGAUCCGAAAGCUAACCAUAGCGGAACAUUGGAGACAUAUACCAGGGGCUUGUAAUCCCGCAGAUCUGCCUUCCCGGGGUUGUUUUCCAAAGCAAUUAUUUGAAGCUAAAUGGUGGGAGGGACCUACGUGGCUUUAUCAGGAACCAGACCAAUGGCCUUUGGAAAACCCAAACUACAAUGAAAAGGAGAUUUUACAGGAGCGACGAAAACAGCUGGUAUUAGCCCUUGCUGAUUUAAAUAUCCAGAGUGAAUGA